AGAGCAGGUCCGUGUUCGAGGCUGCCCAGGACCCCGUCCUUCUUCACGGUCUGACCCUUGUCAGUGGAGUUGCUGCAGAUGCAGGUGCUGCUGAGUUGGCACCAGUGAGCCACGGUGCGUGGGACUCCGUGGGGACGGCAUGAGGGAAGUAUUUGUCUAAGCUCUUGCCCCCCAGCCCCAAGCCACAGGUUAGGAACUCUGUCCCUAAUAGAGCAUGGGUGGCCACGCUGGAGCUUGGCCAUGGGUGCUGCCUUGUGGGCAGGUAAAUGGGCUUUUCUCAGUGUCACCCCAAGGUCCCCGAAGCUUCUUCUACAACCAUAGGGCUCUUUGGGUGGCUGAGAAGGGACCCAGGAGGCUCUGCUCCUCGUGGCGUAGCCUGGGGAGCUGACUGUGCAGAGCGCUUCCUUCUUCCUACAGAGAAGCCUGCAGCCGCCAGCUGCAAGGAGAAGGUCCAUGAGGUCCCUGAGAUGCCAGAGAGGAUGUGCUGCUCAACCUGUGGGCAGGUGUUCGGCAGCCGGGAGGAGCAGACUGAGCACUACCGUCUCGACUGGCACCGCUUCAACCUGAAGCAGCGACUCCGGGGGCGCCGGGCAGUGCCUGUGGAAGUGUUUGAGGAGAAGACCUGCACAGGUGAUGUUUCGAGCAUCUCAGGAUCCGAUUCAGAGAGCUCUGAUACAAGCAGUGAGUCAGAGUUGCUGCCCUCUGCCAGUGACAGCCCUGGGACCCCACAGACUUCCCGCUCCCACAAGGUGCUGGUCCGCAAUGCAAAGGGCCAGCUCAUCUCUGCAUAUCGCUGCGUGCUGGUCACAGGGAAGGGUGACAUCGAGGAGCCAGCAGAGCUGACAGCAUCACUGCAGAGCCUCAGCAUGAGCACGUGCUGGGUUGUGCUGAUGAUGGGUGGUGGGCACUUCGCAGGAGCUGUGUUCCGGGGCCCCCAGGUGCAGGAACACAAGACCUUCCACCGCUACACGGUGCGAGCACGGCGUGGCACAGCCCAGGGCCUGCGGGAUGCCCAGGGGUCAGCACCCAGGUCGGCUGGAGCUUCCUUGCGGCGUUACAACGAGGCUGCUCUGCUCAAGGAUAUUCAGGACCUCCUGGCAGCCUGGGCACAGCACCUGAAUGAAGCUCAGCGCAUCUUCCUCCGGGCCCCUCGUCAUAACCGUGCGCUGCUCUUUGGUGGCAGGAACCCACCCCUCACCCGAGGGGACCCUCGCAUCUGCCACAUCCCCCUCAGCACCCGCAGGGCCACCCUGCGAGAGGUGCUGCGAGUCCACGCCACGCUGGCCAGCCUGCAGGUGUAUGGGAAGGAUACACCACUGGAGGAUAUCACUGGGUCCCCCAGGAAGGUCUGGCAGAAAAGGCAGCGGAAAGCAGAGAUGAAUCCCCCACAGGAGAACACAACUGCUCCAGAGGUGGAGGAGGAAGAGGAGGAGGAAAGCCCUGCAGGGGAGCUGGAGACUGUUGAAGUGACACUGGGGACCUUGGACCUCCGGGAGUUCGAAGUGAUGCCCAAGCGAAACCGCAAAAGGAAGAAGAGGGACAAGAAGGUGAAGAAAGAGCCCUAUGCUGAAGAGACUGGAUAUCAUUGUACUCAGUGUGUGCAGCCUGGCUGGGAACCAGUGACGGAGCUGCAGGGGGAGACUGAGGCUGGGCCCCUUCUCUGGGGUGAUGGAGGAGACCCUCAGACCCAGCUCCGCGAUGCCUUAUUCACCGCCUGCAAAACAGGGGAUGUGCAGACACUGCGGCACCUCCUGGGUGUGCGAGAGAGCGAGGGCCUGCCAGGGGACAGCGAGGAUGGGGAGGUCACACAGACUCUGGAUAUGGCCUACUCCCUGCUCAAUCAGCCUGUGGAUGAGCGUGGCUGCAGUCUGCUCCACGUGGCAGCGCAAGCAGGCAAGGCGGAGGCCGUGUGCCUGCUGCUGGAGGCAGGGGCAGACCCUGCCCUCAGGGACAGGCAGGAAAGGACCCCAUACUGCGUCUCUGCUGACAGAACGACCUGCAACGCUUUCCGCAAGUUCAUGGUGGACCAUCCAGACAAGUACGACUACAGCCGUGCCAAGGUACCAGGGCCCCUGACACAGGAGAUGGAAGCCAAAAAGCUGGAGAAGAAGCGGGCACAGAAAGCCCAGCGGAAGCAACGGGAGCAAGUGCAGCGGGAGGAGCGGCAGCGCUGGGAGCAGGAGCAGGAAGAGAAGCAGAGGUUCGCGGCUCUGUCUGACAGGGAGAAGAGGGCGCUGGCUGCCGAGCGGAGGUUGGCUGCGCAGCUGCAGGACACCGGCACAACGCUUACCAACAUCAGCCGCUGCUGGCACUGUGGAGAGUCCCUGCUGGGACGGAUCCCUUUCCAUUACCUUGACUUCUCCUUCUGCUCCACGGCCUGUCUGCAAACCCACCGCCGGGCACAGGCCAGACACACCUAAGGCUGGGGACUGCUGCCACCUGCCAAGGACUAAUGUGGGGACACAGCUGAGCACUGGCCGUGCAGCAAGGGAGAGCCUGUGGACCAUGUCACUCUGGGGCAGCUCUGCAAGGCUCUAGGCAUGAAUGUCGCUCUGGGUGCUGACUCUGGGGACGUUAGAACUGAGAGGUUGUGCUACUGUGUGGUGCCAGGACUGUUUGGUGGCCCGGCUCCAGCUGGGGGUCCUGCUGCCAGCUUUUCUCAUGGCUACCUUGUAGGCUGCUGUCUGUGGUGGAGGGACAGAUCCUGACACAUACAGACCCUGCAGCCCUGAGCUACCUGCAGCCACGCUUGUGGGCACCUUUGAGGUGGUUCUUUGCCCUCUCCUCUCCUGGCUGCCCUCAGCAUCUCAGCCCUGUCAUGUUAGCAACUACCUCUUCUGCCUACAUUGUCAAUAAAAAGGUGCCUUGACCCCUUAGACAGGGGCAGAGUCAGCAUGAGUACUGGAACUAUUUGGGAUGAAUGUGGGAUUAACAUGCAAAUAAAUCUCAAUCCUGGGCCCCUUUCUCAUUAGCACAAGCCCUGCCUGGCCUGAGAGGAGGGCAGAAGCUCUGUAUGUCUAUGCCAGGAU